AUGGCGCCGAAGAAAGCUACCCCGAUAUUUGCCAACAAAGAAGAUGCAAAUUUCAGAGAAGCGUUGCAACUCUACGACCAAAAACAAUACAAGAAGGCAUUGAAGCUUGUGGAUGCAAAUUUGAAAAAGAAUUCAAACCAUGCUGAAUCGUUAGCUUUGAAAGGGUGUAUCUUGCAUUUCACGGGGAACAAGGAUGAAGCAGUGACAUAUAUCAAGAAGGCAAGUGAUAAAGACUCGUCAAAUUAUCUUGUUGAUCAUUUGGUUGGGCUAUACUAUCGUGCAUUGGAAGACUAUGUCGAAGCGGCAAAGUGGUUCAAAGCAGCAAUGGACAAUGGGUCCCCGAAUAAGCCUAUACUACGUGAUUUAUCGUUCAUGCAAGUGCAAAAUCGCGACUACAAGCCCUUGACCGAGUGCAGACAACAAUAUUUGGAGCAUGCACCUGGUUACAGAGCCAAUUGGACGGGUCUUGCUGUCGCCCAGCACUUGAAUAAAGAUUAUUCCGGGGCAGUGGCUACACUUACCAAAAUCGAAGGAAUUAUCAAGGACCAUUUAACAGCAAGUGACAUGUAUGAGCACAGUGAAGCAGUCUUGUAUAAAAAUCAAGUGCUUUCUGAAUCAGGAAAUUUCAGCAAAGCUUUGGAGGUGUUGGAGCAAGAUACUGAUAGUAUUAAAGAUCGUUUAUCGUACUUGGAAUACAAAGCAAAGUACCUUCUUUAUUUGGGGCGCAAGAAGGAAGCAUCUUUGGUUUAUAGAGAACUAUUGAAGACCAACCCGGACAACAUGCAAUAUUACAUAAUGUUGGAGUUGGCAUUGGAAACAAACAUUAUGGAACCUGAAGUUAGAGUUAGAUUAUACGACAAGUUGACUUCAUUUUACCCAAAGUCUGACCCUCCGAGGUAUUUGCCAUUGACUUUUUUGCUGGCGGAUUCCUCAUUGUUUGAACAAAAAUGUAAAGACUACAUUAUCCCCCAGCUUUUACGAGGUGUACCUGCCACGUUUGUCAAUGUGAAGCCAUUAUAUGGAUACCAAGGGAAACUCGAGGUUAUUGAAAAGAUCGUUUUGGAUUUCCUCAUCGAGGAUGCACCAAAAAAUCCAAACCCUUCCGUAACCGUGUGGACCUACUUUUAUCUUGCACAACAUUAUUUGUACAAGAAGGAACUUGAUACAGCGAUGAAGUAUAUUGAGUUGGCAAUUGAACAUACUCCUACACUUGUUGAAUUGUACAUUAUCAAAGCUAGAAUUUUGAAACACAAGGGGCUCUUUGAGGAGGCAUCUAACGUUAUGGAUAGUGGAAGAAAGCUAGAUCUACAAGAUCGUUUCAUCAAUUCCAAAGCAACAAAAUAUAUGCUCCGUGCCAACAAGGUCGAUGAAGCGAUAGAUUGCAUAUCAUUGUUUACCAAGCUUGACGAGGACGCGGUCAAUGGGUGUAAAGACUUGCACUUGAUGCAAGUCAAUUGGGUAUUGAUUGAAAGUGCCGAAGCUUACACAAGAUUGUACCAUGAACAAGAAGCUAAACUCGUAGCAUCGGAUCUCGGUAAAGAUAGCGAGGAAUAUACCGCAUUGCAGGAAAAUGUAGCCAUUUACAAAGGAUUAGCCUUGAAAAGAUUUCAAGCAGUUGUCAAGAUAUUCAAAACGUUUUACAGUGAUCAGUACGAUUUCCAUUCGUAUUGUUUGAGGCGAGGAACACCACGUGAUUACAUCGAUAUGUUGAGAUGGGAGGAUAAAAUUCAUGCUACGCCAGUAUACGUUCGUGCCUUGAGGGGGUUAUUGAACUUUUAUGUUGAGCUUUACGAAGAGCAACAACGUGUGUCUUCUGAACAAUCUCAAGAUGAUUUGAAGACGAAAAAGAGUGGUAAAAAGCAGAAGAAAGGAAAAUCAAAUAAAAAGAAACUGGACCAAGCUACUAAAGUUGAGGCUGAAAAAGACGACCAAGAUCCGUUUGGAUUGACUCUUCUUCUGACUUUGAAGCAAACCGAUUUCAUUGAACAGUUGUCGAAAUUAGUUGAACCUCUUGCGUCUGAAGCUCCAACGUCGAAGGAUACUUGGGAGUUACUUUUCAAAAUUUACACCAUUCAAGGUAAGUACGUGUUGGCGUUACAAGCCCUUAAGAGCUUGGACAAGAUACUCAAUGGGGACGGAAGCAAGAAGCUUAAAGAAGUCGGGGAUCGGGCUCGAUACUUGUCUGAGAUGAGCAAACAAGACGCCAAAGCCAACCAAGCUAUUGUUAAGGUAGUUGAAAAAGGGUUAUGCUCGACCUUUCCCGAAUUUGAAAAGUUGUCACCAGAAGAGUUCAGAGCUGUUUAUAGUAAAUAG